AGUUGGCCCUAAUCUCCGCAGAGCAGAUAUGGUACAAUCCAACCUCGUAAGAAAACCUUCACCAGUGGCUCCCCCCCCUCCUUCGGCCUGGUAGGUACCACUCACUGCCCAGGGGGAAAUUGUAUCCAUCCACCCCAAAUCUGGUGCUCAUUGUAGCAGAAUUGCAGUGCACUGGACUGUACAGAGCAGGGUACCAUCCAGGCUGUUGUCUGUGAGGGGUGGGGUCCGGCUACACUGAUACCACCAAACCUAAGCUCACUGAGGGACACAGAGAGGCAGAAAAGGGGAGCAAAAAACGGAGAGAGAAGAGGGGGGAAGAUUGCACCUGAAGAGGAAUAUAAUACGGGAUGAAAGGAGAUACCCCAGUGAACAGCACCAUGAGUGUCGGACAAGCCAGGAAGCUGGUGGAGCAACUGAAGAUAGAGGCUAGUUUCUGUAGGAUAAAGGUAUCAAAGGCAGCAGCCGACCUGAUGGCGUUCUGCGAGGCGCACGCCUGCGACGACCCCCUGAUCACCCCUGUGCCCACCUCAGAGAACCCGUUCAGGGAGAAGAAGUUCUUCUGCGCUCUGCUUUGAGACAAAUCAGGGAUUGUUGCGAUUGAAAAGUACAACUGUGUACUUGUGUGUGUACAAGUAUGUAAGAUGUGUACACGUACGUCCAUCUGAAAUAAGACAUCGAUAUAAUAUAGUUACCUUGCAUAAGAGCUGCCGAUGUACAGAACAUUAUCAAUGUCUUGAACUGAAUUCUUUCAUUGCUAACAUUAGAGGGAAAGGACACACAUUACAUGGGAAGUUGAACAUUCUAUCAAUAAAGAGUGAGACUUGCCACUAUCUAGAUCCCAAAAACAAUAAGACAAAAAAAAAAAUUACAUUUCGGAACAUCUCAUGCGCAUUACAGGUAACUGUCAAAAAGGACGACAGAGCAUCAAGUGUCUUAACGCCAUUCACACAAACAUUUUUCCCAUCAACAUUUGUCUCCUAGAGCCACAUCCCGCCUGUUGUUUAUAUAUUUUAUAUAACUCAUUCAUUUUUUUCCCUUUUAUUUUGGCAGUUACUUGUAUCUGCCAAGAACAACUUUUUAAGAGUGGAUUAUAAUAUUAUAAUCAAAUCCUGUCAUGGUUUUAUUAAGAUUCUAGCAUUUUGCUCAUUUCUAUGUUGUUGCCCUAGAGUUGGUGAGGGUGUGGAAGUGUGUGUGUGUGUGUGUGUGUGUGUGUGUAUAGGUGCUACUGUGAAACUUGAGCAACAAUUCAGAGCUUCGAAUCAGUCAUAUCAAGAUUUUGUAGUUCAACUGCACACAGACCUAAAUUAAAAAAAAAUAAAAAAAGACAUUCCAGGGGUUAUAGACAUUAAAUAUAGAAUCUAUGCCAUUGAAGCAGAAUCUGUUAUUCGGUCAUUAUGAGUCUGUUACAUCAACAAUUUUCUAAUAAAUAUAUACAGCAGUUGUAUUGUACUUUUACAGACAGGUGUACAUCAUUACCAUCGUUUUAACUCUCAGAGCAGAAGGGUGUUUUAAUGGCAUCCAGGGGGGAAAAAUAAUCAAAUAAAUCAAGGAAACCGCUAAUGUCUAAACUGAUUCACAUUAAAUGAGGGCUGAUGAGUGACUCGGGAAUUUCCAUGUUAAUUAAAAUGUCCCACUUUCUCCAUCUACAGUACAGGUCAUCGUUUUGUUCAGUUAAAUCAUUUCCACAAACAGUAAACUGCUCUUCAAAACAUAUGACACAAUGAAACAUUUGGGAGCACUUGCUAGGGACAAUAACUAAAGUUACUGUAUUUUAUUGGGGGGGGGUAACCAUGGAAUAUGAAUGAGCAUUGACAUUAAAAACCUCCUGCCAUCAAA